AUGAGAUGUCAAUUUUCUUCAGAUAUAUUCCAUGAUUCAAUCCUACCAUGUUCCAUAAGAAUUAUUAAGGAGGUAAGCAGUGGCCUUAAGAAUAGGGUUAUAUAUAGUGAUGAGUCUAGGUUGUACAAUAUUAUUGAUAAUGAAAUGGAAACACUGGCUGAAAAAUUACUGAGUUUACAAAUAACACGUGAAAUAGUAGUUCAAGCUUUCAUACUAGCAGCAAUAAGAGCUUUUAGUGACAACUCUGAUAGAUAUGAAGAUUUAGAUAAUGAAAGCAGUAUAACUACAAAAAAUGAAGUUUCAGACAGGAUCCAACCAGAUAACAACCAAGAAGUCUUUAAUUUCGUCAAUAUAAAUCAAUUAGCUAACAAAUCUAAGAUAGAUACUAUCUUAGUUGCUUCAGAUUCUCAAGAAAAAGUACUUAUACUUUCUUGCUGUGGUCUUAUCCUUGUAUCAACUGGUUUUAUGGAUAUUGGCUCGUGGCUAGAUUUAGCAUCUGACUUAUCUAGUUUAUUAGAUAAGAGAGGAUUGAUUUCAUUUAUUAAUUGGUUGUGUGAUACAAAGCUAGACCUAUUAAGGUGGUCAUUAAAUAAUCCUCAUAUACCAUACAAUUCAAAGAAUUGCCCCCAGCAAACUAAUAAUGAAAGAAUUUCAGAAAUGAGUGAAGAAUUUUCCUUGCCUUCCAGUGCUACCCUUUCUCCAGCAACAGCAGCUCAGAGGCAACUUUCACAUGCUAAGUCUGUAGGCUUGCUUAUUAGUUUGGGAAGGCGUUUAUUAUCCUAUGGAUGCUAUGACACUUGUGGCAAGAUUAGGAGUAUUAUCUUUACCUGUCUGCCUUGUAACCAAGCAGGUAUAUGUAGAAAAACAUUGAGUAUUAGACCAUACAAAAUCCCAAAUGGGGGAAGGUUGAUGAAAAAUUUAAUGGAAUAUACUUUAUGUUUUACUCCUCAUAACACCUCUAGUACUUCCUUAACAUCCAAAAAUUUAUCACCUGAGAAAGAAGAUGGUGAAAUGCCAAUAGACAAGUAUGAUAAUGGUACUCAGAGCAAUUUAGAAACUUAUUUUGAUGAUUAUCAACAUUUAUUAUAUCCAUGGAGAUCUCUGAAGGUAUUCCAAGCUUUAUUAAACUGUGACAAAUUUUUGGAAACUCCAUUUGAAUACUUAUCUUUAAAUUCUGAAGAUCUUACACUAUUAAAAGAUUUCGAAAUCCUAUUGUCAUAUUUUGAAGAUAAUGCACCUGUGUAUGUACCUGGAUACAAUGGAGAUUUUGAUACACACAUGUUUAGGUUACCUAAGAUAUCUAAAACUAAUAGCUUACAUUAUAUUCAAGCAGUAAUGGAAUGUAUCCCAUCUUCUCUAGAUUCUUGGAGCUUCAGAUUUAAUUUUGUAUACCGUCUAGUGUUUUUAUAUUGUAAUAUAAUGGCCCUUGAAAAGAGGGAAUGUCAGGUACUUUUUAAAGUCACAAAAACAUUUAAUAACAGUUUCAAACUACUUGUACAACGCUUUGUAGGAUAUCUAGAUCACAUUACAAGGAUGAAUAAAUUCUCUUCAACGAUCUUUUUUCAGUACAUGCUCCUUUAUGAAUUAUUAUGGGUUACAUGGAAGAUAUCUAGCUGUGCUGAUAUCAAGAGGACUAUAAAUACUGGAAAUACGGGUAUCUCUCCACAGGGUAAACCAAAGAAAAGAAAGGUUGAAAUUGCCAAUAUUUUUCAUGGGAAUAUUCCUAAUAAUGGUAAGAAAGUAACUAAGACUGUAGAUUCAGAUACAUUCACUAGUUAUAUAUCCUAUAUAACAAGCAAAGAAGAUAAGAAAUGCACUUCAAUAGCUAAUUUAGUUGAGAAAACUUGUAGGGUGUCAGAAUUGCGGAGAGGAAAAAGUUUUUCUAAUCCUCAUGAGUUAGUAACUCCAAAAUUUACUUCAGAGCGUGAUUUACUAUAUUUGUCUUGUUUACCCUAUUCAGAUGAGGUAUAUGUUCAAAUGUCUAUCGAAAAGAGGCUAGAGAUAAAGCUCAAAGACUAUAUUGAGAAGGUAAAUAUUGAUAAAGACCCAAUAAAUGGAAUUGAGGAGACUGAGAAAAGUAUUUAUGGGACUUUCUUCAAAUGGAGAUACAAUCGUCUAAUCCAAAGGUGCAACCAUAGUUUUUACAAAAACCUUGACUUAUACAACUUAGCUAUAAAUGAUCUAGAUAAAAUAACUGAUAAUUCAAGCAUUAUUAAAACUAGUAAUGAUGAAAUAAAAAGAGAUAUAAAAAUUAAAGAACUUGAACUUUUUGUUUUGAAAUUAUUUAGUGAGGAAGAAGUACUAGCAAAAAGUAAUACUAUCAAUAAUAUGAAUGUUAACUGUCAGAAUGAAACUUUAGAGUCAUCACAUUUAGAAGACAGCAAUCUAAAGCAUUAA